AUGGCGCCGUUCAGGAGCAUCUACCAGCAAGAUGCGACCAAGCAGCUGGGUGUCGGCGCAGCCCUACUCGUGCUCGCGGCUUUCUACUCUUACGUUUUCUUGUUGAACUUGGCCCCGGUGUACGGGUCUACCCCGUCGCACAUCUUCCACGGCUACGGUGUCGGUAUCGCAGGAGUCGCAGGCUGGUUUGCAAAGGACAUCGUCGAUCGUGUCUCUGGCCGCAAGGCCGUCUAUGUGGUUCCCGUGCUGGCCUUUUCUCUGCCGGCCCUCCAGUACUUCGUUUCCCAGCAGAGCUCAACCCUGGGUAACCCUGCUGGCCCUAUCAUCACGGAAGUCCUGGCCCUGUAUCCGCUCGUCUUGCUGUCUGUGGCCUGCGCCGGGAAACUGGUGCAGCUGGGAUUGAACCUCCAGCGCCAUGGUGACCUCGUCGCGGAACAUAUCCCGCUCCUGGGCUCGUAUGUCGUCUACUCGGCCGGCGAGCACCUGAUCAAGGCGUUUCUGUCACGGUUCAUCGGGUCGACUGUGCUGCUCAGUCGAGCGGGUCUCCAGAUCUUGGUUGCCAUCUUCUACGCGGCGGCCGUCCCAUCAAAGGCCCUCGUCUUGGCCAUCCCGGCUUUCCUCUUCUCCAUCACGUCCAACACCCACCUACCAUUGGGAUACACGACCACGGCCCUCAACAGCGCCAUUGCCGACGAAGGGUUCGCUCUUGUAGCCCGCCAGGACUCGACGACAGGGUAUGUCUCCGUCCUGGAUAACCUUGAGGAUGGCUUCCGUGUUAUGCGCUGCGACCACAGUCUCCUCGGCGGCCAGUGGAUUAAGAAGCGCCCCAAUUACACUCCCCCGACCGUCAAGGACCCUAUCUACGCGGUCUUCACUAUGCUCGAGGCUGUGAGACUCGUUGAGACUGCUCACGGUGCUCCACGCGCUGAUGCAGGAAGCAACGCGCUUGUCAUCGGCCUCGGCAUCGGCACAACCCCCGGCGCCCUCAUAAGCCACGGCAUCGACACAACCAUCGUCGAAAUUGACCCUGUUGUCCACAAAUACGCAAUGCAGUACUUCGAGCUACCCGAGAACCACACCCCCGUCAUCGAGGACGCGCGGGCUUUCGUCAAGCGCAGCCAGAACGUAGCCCAGCCUAAACAAUACGACUAUAUCGUCCACGACGUCUUCACGGGCGGCGCUGAGCCAGUCGAGCUCUUCACAUAUGAGUUCAUCAGCGGUCUCCAUGCGCUGCUGAAGGACGACGGCGUUAUUGCUCUUAACUACGCGGGCGACACAUCCCUCUACCCAACCGCGCUCUCAAUCCGAACCAUAAAAUCCGUCUUCCCAACCUGCCGGCUCUUCCGCGAAGACGCCACCCCCGAAGUCGGACCCGACUUCACAAACAUGGUGAUCUUCUGCACCAAGACCUCCGCCCCCUUGACAUUCCGCGACCCCGUGCCUGAGGACUUCCUGGGAAGCCGAUUCCGCUCCCGCUAUCUUGUCCCGAAGCACGAGGUUGAUGCGGCACAGUUUGAAAAUUUGGGGCUUGAGGAUGGUCCGCUGGGUCAUGGGAGGCGGGUUCUGGUUGAUAAGGAGGUUGGCAGACUGCAUAAGUAUCAGGAUCGGGGGGCGCUGGAGCAUUGGGGGAUUAUGAGGACGGUUUUGCCGGAUGCGGUUUGGGAGGGGUGGUAA